AUGGCUGAAUCUUUAAAGCAGUUUCUGGAUCCCCAGAGGACCGUCACAGACAGCACUGCGGCCGAAUAUUUGGCCCAUUUGGCUGACCAGCCUGCCGAUUCUCUGCGGUCGUCAGAGCCCCAGCGCCUGGCCCAAUCCUCCCACUCACUCCUCCUGGCAGUGCAAGGGUUAUCGAAGAAGUCCCACAAACCCAUCGUCAACUCAGCAGCAAAGCAUGUGUCGCUAAGAAAGUCACUACCUGCGCUGGCUCAGAGUGCGGCUGAGCUCAGCCAGGCUGUACCGCGCCUCGACUCGGAGGCCGAGCACUUCUCCAAAACGUUUGGGAAAGCAGCCGACAGCAAACUGCUGGCGAGGCGCAAGCAAGCCUUGCGCCUACUACAAAACUCGGAGCGCCUGGUCGACGUCAUGGAGCUACCGCCUCUGUUAACAUCAGCUGUUAUGACGACGCCCGUCAAUUAUUCUUCAACACUCGAUCUUUACGCCCACGUCCGUCGCUUGGCCUCGCUAUACGCUGAGUCCCCACUUGUCGCCUCCAUCAUGUCGGAGGCAGACGAUGCCAUCCGCCAGAUGGCUUCGGAUCUAGUAACAGGCCUAAAGGCCCCGAACCUCAAGCUGGCUGCAGCUCUCCGAACUGUAGGCUGGCUGAAACGCAUAAUCCCCGACCUCGUUUCGGGAGUGGCUCCGGAAGAAGCGCUUCCAGCCCUCUUUUUGGUGUGCCGGAUGGCAGCUUUCGUCUCUCUUCUUGAGGCUCUGGAGCCUCUGCGUAAGUUGGCGGACGAAGAGGUGGUGCGGCUGGGCAAAUCCCCACCGUCUCCAUUUGGUGGCCAGCAAACGGAGCGAUACUUGAAGCGUUACAUUGAGAUUUUCCGAGAGCACAGCUUCAACAUAGCAUCCGUGUUCAAGAACAUCAAUGCCAGCUUUUCUCAGCCAUCAGUUCCAGACGAGUCUGACCCCCUACGACCUUUACCGUCUGCCAUAUCGAGCCUUCCUCUUCAUCUUGUCGAAAUGCUCCUCGAGACCUUGCGACAUUACCUGCCCACCGUCAAGGAUCAGGGAACGCGGGAAAGCAUAGUAACACAGGUUUUAUACUGCUCCGGGAGCUUGGGGAGACUAGGCGCCGAUUUUGGUAUGCUUCUCUCUACUAUUGGAGUCGAUGAAUGGGUGGACUUGGUUAAGCGUCAUCGGCUGCUGGCUGGUCGUCUAGAGUCAGUUAUCGGUGAUUAUGGUCGAGGGCAGACACCGUCAUUUAAUAUGAGCCAAGAGUCGACGCCAUCCCGAUCAACCAAGUCAGGACGUCAUUUCGUCUCAGGCUUGGGAUCCGGCGUCUCUUCCGCUGUAAUUCUGCAGCCACUUGAUCUGCUGAAGACGCGGAUGCAGCAGUCUGGUCGCUCAACAUUGGCACAAUGCUUAAGGGAUAUGAGAAACUCGCCUGCUGGCCUAUGGGCUAGCCUCUGGAGAGGCACAGUACCAUCGGCAUUGCGUACUGGCAUCGGAUCAGCACUCUAUUUCACCUCACUCAAUUCUAUACGCCAGCAAAUUUACACACGGAAUAUGUUGGGCCAGGGUGGUCGUGUUCAAACCAGCUCUUCGGUCCUGCCUAGUCUCAGCAAUUCGGCUAACUUGCUCUCGGGGGCAGCCGCCCGAACCUUGGCAGGAUUUGUAUUGAUGCCUUUGACUGUUAUCAAAGUGCGCUUUGAAUCCAAUUUGUAUUCAUACCCGACGGUGUGGGCGGCAGCUAAGGGGAUUAAGCAGGCAGAUGGCAUGCGAGGCUUCUUCUCUGGUUUUGGUGCCACAGCGAUGCGAGACGCCCCCUACGCAGGCAGCUAUGUUCUCUUCUACGAGAUGCUAAAGCCUUUUGUUGGAUCAUUUGCACCGCAAUCCCUUGAGGAGAAAUCCGGCCAUGGGGAAAUGCAGACUUCUGUUUCUACGGCAGUCAACUUUACAUCUGCCUCGCUUGCAGCAGCUGCUUGCUCCGCCCUAUCAAACCCGUUUGACGCAGUCAAGACGAGAAUUCAACUGCAGCCACAAAAAUAUAGAAACAUGGCACAAACUACCUACCUCAUGAUCGCCGAGGAUGGACUUCGAUCACUAUGGGAUGGCCUGGCCCUACGCAUGAGUCGUAAAGCGCUCAGCUCGGCACUGGCAUGGACUUUGUACGAGGAGCUCAUCCGGCGAUCAGGCACCUCGUAG